AUGACACUACAAGACUCAAUUGACCUCACACAUGUCGGUCCCACGAGCACUUCCACCGAAUCGUUGCUGGUCUUCUUCAUUACUGGAAAUCCGGGCCUCAUAGAAUACUAUCGCACUUUCCUCACGCUUUGCUUCGAUAGCCUUCGAACCAACUAUUCGGACCAUCGCAUCAGAGUCGCAGGAACGAGCCUUCGUGGGUUCGGGGUGCAAGACGAUAAACAUCAACAUGCUGUCAGUGACAAUGCAGAAGGACCAUAUGAUUUGGAAAAGCAGAUAGAGCACAUAGACCAGAUGCUCGAAAGGGCAAUUGAGAGCCAUGCAAGACACAGUUAUACGACGAAAGUUAUAUUGAUGGGUCAUUCGGUGGGCUCGUAUAUUCUGCUCGAGGUCUUAAGACGGCGGAAGCACAAUCCAACAACUCAGCAAUUGAGCAAUGAUGCCAAAGUCAUUGGUGGAAUCUGUCUGUUUCCUACGGUCACUCAUAUCGCAAAGAGCCCAAGCGGCAAGAAGUUCAGUGUAUGUGUUUUCUACUCUUACUAUGCUUACUCAUUGGCCGAAAAUCACCUUCUUUUACAUCUUCAUUUUCACCUACCGCUGCACGCAUCGAUUGAUUUGUGCCUUUGUAGNCUGUUCUUUGCCAUCCCGUAUUUCGCUAUUAUUGCAGGCGUUGUCGUACGUUUGUUGUUCUCCUGGGUUCCCUUCUCUGCGCUGCAAAGGCUUGUCGGUCUUGUUACUGGAUUUCCUACUCCUGCCGCAGAGCCCACAACUGCAUUCAUCAAGAGUCGAGGCGGUGUCAGGCAAGCAUUAUAUCUUGCUGGUCACGAAAUGAAAACCAUAACAACGGACGCUUGGGACGAUGAACUCUGGGGUCUCUCAAAGGCACAGAACUCGAGCGGUAACAAGACGAAGCUGUACUUUUACUUUGGCACCGAUGACCAUUGGGUUGCCAACGAGACUAGAGAUGAGCUCAUCGCUGCCAGGGCUGCAACAGGCAAAGUGGGAGAAGAGGACAAGCCCAUCAUGGAAAUUGAUACCUAUGGCACUCCUCAUGGUUUCUGUAUUACUACCCAGGCGGAGGGUUACAUGCUUGGCUUAACUUGA